AUGCCGAGGAAUCGCGGGGGACGACCGACCCUAAGUCAGGGUUUAGACCGUGAGGUCUACCAGGUCGUACGCAAAAUUAUUGACGACCAACCGGAUGCCAGUCGUAUUCGUCUCUCGGCUCCAUCAAUUUACGAACAAAUCAAGAAAUCGAACUCGAGCCUGAAUCGGAAACCAAAGAAAUUGCUGGAGGACAGUCUGGAACGAGUCCUGGAAGUGGUGAAAGCUGACAUGGGAGAGGACGACGAGGACUCUGUGGAGGGUGAUUUUGAGGGUCUGGAAGAACCGCCCACUACAGAACCCAACGGUGUCAACCAGAGCAUUGUUGGCCAGUGGAACACCCCGAAGCCAACCAAGAAAUCCGAGUCGUCUGGAACAUCUUCGAAGAGAAGGCGAGAUGGCGGGGAGUCUGCUUCUAAGAGGCGGAAAGCAGAUGCUGCUAUUGAUCGGUCCCCGCCAACACAUGUCAGUCUGGCCGAUUUGGGUGGUUUGGACGAUGUGGUGCAAGAAUUAGGUGACCUCGUCAUCCUACCCAUGACCCGACCACAGGUUUAUAUCUCUUCAAAUGUACAGCCUCCCCGUGGAGUAUUAUUACACGGGCCCCCAGGUUGUGGUAAGACUAUGAUUGCCAAUGCAUUUGCGGCGGAGCUAGGUGUGCCAUUCAUCUCAAUCUCCGCUCCUUCUAUCGUCUCCGGUAUGUCGGGUGAAUCUGAGAAGGCUCUCCGGGAACACUUCGACGAGGCUAAGCGACUUGCGCCUUGCCUCAUUUUCAUUGAUGAGAUUGAUGCAAUUACACCAAAGCGAGAGAGUGCACAAAGGGAAAUGGAAAAGCGAAUUGUCGCCCAGCUGUUGACUUGUAUGGAUGAGAUUGCUCUCGACAAGACAGACGGUAAGCCCGUGAUUGUUCUGGCAGCUACCAAUCGACCAGACAGCCUGGAUGCUGCAUUGCGUCGUGGUGGUCGCUUCGAUAAGGAGAUUAACAUGACUGUUCCAUCCGAGCCAGUCAGAGAAUUAAUUCUCCGGGCUUUGACUCGCAAAAUGCAAUUAGCGGAUGACCUGGACUUUAAGACGCUGGCGAAGAGAACUCCUGGAUUUGUUGGUGCCGAUCUUAACGACCUUGUCUCCACCGCAGGAUCAACUGCUAUUAAGCGAUACUUGGAAAUUCUCAAAUCCAACAGUGGCGAGGAGAUGGAAAUCGAAGGAGAGGAUGAGCUUAGCCCCAGAGUCCGAGAACUGCGCCGUCUAAUCUCACACGCCAAAGAGAACCCCAUUGGCGACGAGGCAGAAGUAGUUCAUGUUUCGAACGCAGAUUUCUUUGUCGCCCUGCCUAAGAUCCAGCCAUCCUCUAAGCGUGAAGGCUUUGCGACCGUUCCCGAUACCACAUGGGCCGAUAUUGGUGCUCUGGGUGGUGUCCGUGACGAACUGUCCACUGCUAUUGUCGAGCCAAUCAGGAACCCAGAUAUCUAUGAAAAGGUCGGUAUUACCGCGCCAACGGGUGUUCUCCUCUGGGGUCCCCCAGGUUGUGGUAAGACUCUGCUGGCUAAGGCCGUGGCCAAUGAGUCGCGCGCCAAUUUCAUCAGCGUCAAGGGACCCGAGCUUCUGAACAAAUUCGUCGGUGAAUCCGAGCGUGCAGUACGCCAAGUCUUUGUCCGAGCACGUUCCUCUGUUCCUUGUGUUAUCUUCUUCGAUGAACUGGACGCUCUUGUGCCUCGCCGUGACGACUCUCUCUCCGAAGCUUCGGCCCGUGUUGUCAACACACUCCUCACUGAACUCGAUGGUCUAGGCACUCGGCAAGGCAUCUAUGUCAUUGCCGCUACCAACCGACCCGAUAUCAUUGACCCAGCCAUGCUUCGACCUGGUCGUCUCGAGACUCUGCUCUUUGUCAACCUUCCCUCGCCCCUUGAGCGUGUCGAUAUUCUACAAACUUUGAUCCGGAAUCUGCCCAUUGACUUCAGUGACGAUUUGCGGAGACUUGCCGAAGAAUGUGAGGGCUUCAGUGGUGCGGAUCUCGGCAGCUUGUUGCGCCGUGCUGGUUACUUGGCCAUUAAGCGCCGCGAUGCGAUGCGCGUUGAAGAUUUCAUGGCUGCUAAGUCUUUCAUAAGACCUAGUGUAACUGAUUUGAAGAAGUAUGAAAAGCUGCGCAGAGACUGGGGUGGUGGUGUUUGA